AUGGAAGAUUACACUGAGCUAAUUCCGGGUUUACCGGAAGAAAUCGCACUCCAGUGCUUGACUCGGAUGCAUUACAUCGUCCAUGAGGUCGCCUCCCAUGUCUGUCAACAGUGGCGCCUCCUCCUCCAGUGCAGAGACUUUUAUUACCACCGGAAACAAUCUGGGUACACUCAUAAAACGGCUUGUUUGGUUCAAUCGCUUCACAUUCCGGCCGAUUCCAGUGGUGGUAACUCUAAGCCGGAGAAUCAACCGAAAUACGGGCUAUCCGUUUUCGAACCGGAUUCUGAUAUUUGGAGCCAGGUGGACCCGGUUCCGAAGUACCCUGACGGGUUGCCGUUGUUUUGUCAGGUGGCGAGUUCGGAGGGGAAGCUGGUGAUGAUGGGUGGGUGGAAUCCGGGGAGUUGGGAGCCUCUACGUGAUGUUUUCGUUUACGAUUUCACAACUCGAAGGUGGACUCAGCGAGUCGAUAUGCCGUCGAAUCGUUCGUUCUUUGCUGUCGGCGCCUUCGACGGAAAAAUCUACGUCGCCGGUGGACACGACGAGAGCAAAAACGCGCUGAAAAGCGCGUGGGUGUACGAUAUCACUGCCGACGAGUGGACAGAGUUGGCCCCGAUGAGUGAGGAGCGUGACGAGUGUGAAGGAGUGUUUGUCGGUUCGGAGUUUUGGGUCAUUAGCGGGUACGAUACCGAGAGCCAGGGUCUGUUCAAAAACACGGCGGAGGUUCUCGAUAUCACAACCGGAACAUGGCGGCGCGUGGAGGAGGCUUGGGGAGUUAACAGGUGUCCGAGAGCUUGCGUGACUGUGGGACAAAAUGGGAAUUUUGCUUGCUUGGCGGAUACUGAUCCCGCUAUUCAAGUCGGAGCAUGUGGUGUUGACCUCGGUGAUCGGACUUUGGUCACCGGAUCGGCUUACCAGGGUGCACCGCAGACCUUUUUCCUAGCGGAGAAGAACCACCAAGGGCAUAAUAGUAAAUUGGUUAAAGUGGAUGCUCCGGAUGAGUUUUCCGGGUUUGUGCAAUCGGGAUGCUUUAUCGAGAUAUAA